UAAUGUAAAUCAGAAAGAAAAGAAAUUUUUCAUUAUUGUCAGUAUUCUGCAAGAUGACGUCUUUGAAUUUCUGAGAACUGCAGUGUGGAAAAACAAACAAACUAUACUAUUGCAGCUCUGAGGUUUUUUAGUCUAAAUGCCAGUGAGUUAAUUGCACACAUAUGUUGCUGCUGACUGGAAGUUCUCUUGGAGAUGUGGCACUGAUUGUGGUUGUUUUUACAUGUAUCAAACAAAUUCUGAACUUUGUCACUUCAAGUGGGAAGCGGGAGGAAUAUUAGUAGCCAGGAGUUGUUAUAAUAUGGAUGUGGAAAAUGUGAACUACCAAACGAUCUUUUAGUUUAAAAACAAAACAAGUUUUAUAUUUUUGCACAUAGUUUCUUUUAGGCUAUAUGUGUACAAAUUCUACAUGUUACAUACAGGCUAUUACUUUAAAGUUCAGAUAUUAUCUUUACUCCAUAUCUUUUAUUUUAGAAGAAUUUAAUGGUGACUUGGCCGAUUCAAAAAAACAAAUCAUGUGGGACCUGAUGCCAUUGUUAUAAAAGAAGUUGAAUAUACAUGGCGUUAGCAGUUUCCUAUACAAAGCAUGGAAGUUUGAAGGUUUAAGUGCACCACAUGGAGCUUGUGCUUUGUACAUUUACUAGUAACAAAGAUAGGCUUGUAUCUCAGUAACAAAGGUACAUUAAUUCAGAUGUGAAGUUAUUUGCAUUUUAUUUUUUUAUUUUGUACUUUAUUAAAUCCUUUUAAAAAAUAAUUUAAAGGCAAAAUUAGUGUUUGACCAAAACAUGGUAUUUAAGUUGAGAGAAAUGUGUGUAAUAAUCAAGUAAUAUUUAAUCUAAUAUUUAAGAAUGGUGAUGUAAAUGGUAUUACGUAUAUUAAGAGUUCAGUACUAGAUCUAGCUUUUGCUGUCUGAACCUUUUUUAACCUUUUGUUUAUUAUGAUGCUACAAUGUAAUUUGUCUUCUCAGUUAUGGUUCAUUCAGCUGUACGGAAAACAUUCUAACAGAAAUACUUGUAACAAAUUACUUAGCUCAAGUAGCGAAAUGUAGAUAUUUAUAUAUACAUAAUAAUUUUAAAAAGUGUCUUGCCUGAAAUGUUUGAAAUAAACUAUUAGUGUGCAAUAAAAAGCUUGUCUUGGCAACCAGAAAGGAGCAUGGGAUCACAGUGGCAGGCUAGGGAACCCCAGUAACACCAUUGGAGAAAUGGUGGUCCAGCGCAGGCUCCUCUGCGGGCUGUCACAGGAGAGCCGUCAGCCCUGUGCUCUGGAGGUGACGCCCGUCAUGAUGAGUCUAGUAAUGGUGAAGGCUGUCUGGGCCAUCUCACAGGCUGAGGGGGUGUGGGACAUGGAAGGAAAGAAGAUUUUGUGAUUGCAUGCAACUUGGGCAGUCUGGGGAAGGAACCAAAGGCAUUGUAGGGGUCAGGGGAGGCAAUGGAUGUUUCAAGAUGAUUUGUGAAGGAACCACCAUUAGAGGGAUAAGGGGAUAGAAGGGACAGGUUGCCUGUAAAGGGGUUGUUGAUCAGUAUACUUGUCAGGCCGUGUCGUGAACCUGGUCGGCACACUCUGUCCUCUCUUCACAUUAAACUUCAUUUCUGACUACUUUUGUGGGUGAAGGCCUCUCUCUGCAUGUCUGUGGUGCAAGCAAGUGGAGCAUGUGCAUGAUCGCUAGUAAACAUCAACCUGAACUAGCUGGCAAGAAGUUUUAAGUGGCUAGGAAGCCAUGUAUACGUGUAUAUCUCUGGAGUGAAACAACUGGAAGAGUUGGCUACCAGAGGGACAAGCGGUCCAGGCCAACUGCUGGAGAGGCUGUACGGUCUGGGGGUCAACUGACAGUGGUAGUUUUGGGGUGGGCAUGUGUGUGUCUGUGGAGGCUGUAACAGAGGGGGCUGAGGGAGGCAGAGGCACCACCAGCAACACUGAUGGGCUGAGCUUUGGCCAGCGAUGAGUCCAUCUUGGAGAAGGCUGAAACUGGCUCCGUCCAACAUGGGGGCAGUGCCUGGUGUCUUCCCACAGAAGCUACCCCUGCAGCCCACCCGUGACCAAAAUCUUGCCAUGUAAACACAAUACAUAUGUAUAUAUGUAUUUCCCACUAACAGACUUUCAUCUUUAUCAGCCAGAGAGGGGAACAAGAUGAGGCCAUUGGUACUGCUCGUGUUUGUGUGAGUGCUGAGUGUUUGUGUCUGUGUACAUCUGUGUGGCUGGCCAUGUAUGUGUGCUGUAUAUAUGUGUGUGUUUGCCUGUGUAAGAUGGGAUUACACGCUCAGCAUUGCUAGUGGCUGGAACUGGAGGUAUGCGGCAGCUCAGGGUUUGCUGAACAGAAACCAUAGUUAUUUGGUAUUGUGUUUGGCACGUAUUUGACAAGAAUGUAUAAGCAGCAUGGAAAGCAGGAAACAAUACUAGCAACUAUAAAUGUGUUUUAAAAUUCUUCAUUAGGUUAGGCUUCAAUGGCAACAGAUACAAACAGUGAAGCAAGGACCUCAUGUUAGUUGAAGAGGUAGUGAGGGGAAGGUAGGACAAGCUACUUACGAAAAGCUUAAUUAAAAAAUCCAAAACUUGCUCAAAGAGGUAUUAGAAAUUGUAAGAGCAGUGAAAAACGGAGGACUUGGACUUGACUUAAUGUCAAGAUAAAAUGUUAAUCUUGUAUCUCCAUAAUACCAUUUCACCUUUCCUGGUGUAAAGAGCAGUGGCCACAACUGGGCCCUUCUUGUGUUUGAGGUAGCAAGUAGAAUCUGGUUAGUAUCUCAUUUGGUUUUUUUAAUUUCCUGGCAGCAUCAAGCUUCUUUUAAAGGAACUUCAUAGGAACUUCCUACUUAGAGUUUUCAAUCAGCAAUUUCUUUAGUCUGAUUGUUGCAAAGGAAACAGUUCCACAGUUGAGGCAGGUGGUGAAUUCAAGUCACUGAGCUUAAAUGUUUUGAACAUUCAGAAAACUAAUUUCCCUGAUAUGCAUACAUAAUAGUUGACUCCUUUAUUUGAAGGAGAACAGUGUGGUUAACUAAGAAGGGAUAGUAUACUGAAUGCUUGUCACACUGUAUGUGGAGAGAUAGUGAUAGCAAGUAGAGGUACUUAACUGGAAGUCAGAAAUAAAGAGAGACCAAUUACAGUGUCACACAGACUAGUACAGAGCAGAGACCUCAGCUUUCCAAGAACAGGGCAUCUGAGCCUUUUCAGAGUGGUGGUACUGAUUAUAUCUUGAUCGCUGGCAUUGGCAAAGGCAGUGACUGAUAGGCUUGUUAGAUCAAAAUUCUGAUUGACUGAAAAGAUACACUAUCUGUACUGUACUGUUCCUGGGCUCCAGAACAGGAUUGCAGAUUUAGUUAAAAAAAAAAAACAAAAAACCAACAACAACAAAAAAAACCACAAACCAAAAAACACCAAACACAAAAACACACAGCUGCAGUUUGAGGACAAGUAUUAAUCAGUUUCUGUAGCUAUGCCUUUUCUCACUGAUGAGAGCUGGUUUGCUCAGGGGCAAGGGUCCGGAUUAUAUUCUGUGAAUACGCAUAGUAGAUCUAUAGUGAUAUCUGUGGGACUAUAGGUAGUUCCAGGAGUUGAAACAGGGUAUAGAUUGGACUGUUCAGGACUGUGAAGAAAUGAGGGAGAGACCAUGGUGCUGUUUUUGUAGCUGUGAAUGAUGGUAUUCAAGUCUGAUUUCUAAUCUGGAGGGUAUCAAGAAGGGUGCUGUGUUAAAGUAGUGGUAGUUGCUGCUGCUUUCUCUUGCUCAGUUCUUCAAUCCGCUAUGUUUGCUGGCGUAGGAGUAAUACAACCCUUCUUCCUUCCUAGGUGCCCUCUCUCGAUGGUCAGCGGGAAAACUUGGUCCUGUGCUGUAAUAUUUUUGUUGUUGGAUUUUUUGUUUGUUUUGGUGAUCCUGACCCAACAAUGAGAUAACCCUCAUUGUUUGAGAAUCUUAACCUUAUGCAUUUGGGAACAAAUCCUACAACAUCCCAAGGCUGUGGAUGCAGCGGAACAGUUAAGUUCUGCACAGAUUGAGCAACUGUCUAAGGGUGGAGAGGCUUUGGUGCAAGCUGACUUGUUUCCUAGGAGCUCUUUGUACAAAAGUGUGCAGGGCUAUAGAGGUGUGCUCUGGAGACUGCCUGCCUCAUUUUCUGGCAAUAUUGCUGUUGAUGCUUGUCAUGGUUUUAGCUGGGAUAGAGUUAAUUUCUUCACUGUAGCUGGUACAGUGCUGUGCUUUGGAUUUCGUAUGAAAAUAAUGUUGAUAACACUGAUGUUUUAGUUGUUACUAAGUAGUGCUUAUAUUAGUCAAGGACUUUUCUAGCUUCCCAUGCUCUGCCGGGUGCACAAGAAGCCGGGAGGGGAGGGGGCACAGCUAAGACAGUGGAUCCAAACUGGCCAAAGGGAUAUUCCAUAUCCUAUGGUGUCAUGACCAGUAUGUUAACUGAGGGGAGCUGGCCGGAGGAAGCAGUAACUGUGGCUCAGGGGCUGAUGGCGUUGGUCAGCAGGUGGUGAGCGGUUGCAUCACACACACCCCCCCGCCCCCAGUUUAAUUUCUGUCAUUAUUUUCCUUUUCAUUAUAUUAUAAUCUUAAUUAUCAUCAUCAUUAUUAUAAUCACCAUUAUUACCAUUACUAUUUUAUUUUAAUUGUUAAACUAUUCUUAUCUCAGCCCACAAGGUUUCUUGCUUUUGCUUUUCCGAUUCUCUCCCCCAUCACACUGAGGUGGGGGGAGUGAGCGAGUGAGUGGCUGUGUGGUGCUUAGUGGCUGACUGGGGCUAAACCACUGGUUAUCUGAACUGUUUGACAGAAGUUGCCUCCUCAGAAAUUGGCUUUGUGUGCUGGGUGUUUAGAGAAAAUGGGGGGAAAAGCUCCUUUUCCAGAAGCUACAAUGUCUGCAUAUUGUAUCUUUUUUUGUGGAAGAUCUGAGAUAUAUCUUGGUAGAAAUUACUACAGCUGGUACAGACAGGACCUUUUGGCUUUUCAUUGCUUUGAGAUCCUAGGAUCACAAGACCCUAGAUGGAUAUGAAGAGGAGAUUUUUAUAAAACACUGUGAUUUAAUUUUUUAAUAGCUUGAAGAUAACUAGAGAUCUAUUUAUUUUUUAGCAGAUUUUUAAUUCCCAUUUUAAAUAUUUGAAAGAUAAUGGUGAUCAUUACGUCACAGACCAAAUAUUUUCCACUGCUAUGCAAGAGAGGGAUGAGGCAGCUAAAAUUUCCAUAGUGUCUUUCAACCAAAGGUUGACAUGAAUGAAAAAAAGGCAAGAAACUCCAAGAUGAGUCACAGAAGUGGGUGUUGUCAUAGAGGGAGCUUUCAUAACAGAUCCACCAGACUAUCACUAGUGACCAAAGAAUAGUACAGCACAGGGCAGGACUGGCAUAGAGCAGUCCUUCGAGAUACACAAUACUGCUUCCUAACGUGGAUUGCAUCUGAGCCGCUUUCUUUGUAAGCAAGACAAGUGAGUAUGCCAGCAGCAGACAUAGAAAUUAUUCUUAGGAUUAGAUUUUGUUGUUUGUUUUACAUAAUUUUUGAAUUCAGGAUUAUUUAGAUCUGACUAUGAUCAAACUAUCUUCUUGUUAAAAUAAGAUUUUACUUUCAGGGAAGGACAAAUGAAAUUUAUGAUAUAUUGCUUAUAUGAUGUUAAAUAACAGAAAACUAGAGAUAUGUAUGUGGGAUUGGGACAAUGCAACAAAAUGGUGAAAUCAGUUUAUGUGCAGGUAAGAGAGUUUCCAGCUAAGAAAGAGGGGAAAAAGAAAAAAGAGCAAAACUUGUAUACUUGUCAUUAAAAAAAAAAAAAAAAAGGUGAAAAAAAUCUAAGUGUGGAACUAAUAGUGAUAGUGUUACCCAGAUUAUUUUAUUACUAUUAAAAAAAAAGAUCAUAGUCUCUAUGAGUACAGUUGAUUUCAUUUCCAAUUGGGAAGGAACAUAUUUUUUAUGUAGCUUAAAUUAGUAUUUAAGUGUUUUUAAGAGAAUGUAAAUUUGGUCCUCUUAAAAAUUGGUUUAAAUGGAUUACUUCCAGAAAAUAAUUUGCUGAAAUAAAACCAAUGGAGAAGUUACCAGUAAAUUUGAAACCCUAAACAACCUCCUUUCCCUUCGUCAUACUUUCAAGGCUAUUUCCAGACUUAAAAACCUUUGGCUGAUCAUUCUUAUAAGAUUUCCACUGGCAAAGGGGUAGGAUUAUUUACUAGGGGUGGAAAACCAGGCAUGAUAAGUUUAACAAAAGCCAAAUACAUUCUUGUCACAUUACACUUAAAGAAAUGAUGACAACUUGGGAAAAAGAAUGGAGAUCUUUAAACUUGGACCAACAGAAUCACACUGGUCUUUGUCCAGUGUCAUAAACUUGAAAAACUGAGUCUUACCACGUAUAUUGUAGUGUAUUCCUUGGUUGCAAUAUUUUGUAAGCUGAGGGUACAGUCUGUUGAUAACCUGUUUUUUAAUGUUCUUUUAUAAUUUUUUUAUAUCCUUUAUUUUAAUUUUGGCUAGUUACAAGGUUAUACAUGAGACCUAAUGAAAAUUAAUUACAGAUUAAGGUGAUUAACACAUCUAUGUUGGCAAGUACUUGGGUUGUACAUAUACUGCUAUUAGUGCUGUGCAAGAGAAAACCCUCAAAAUAAAUAAAGUACUGUAAUAAUAAUGGUAUCUAAGUAUUUAGAGGGAUACUUUUUGAGUGUAUAAUAUUAAAGAGCAGCAAGUAUCUAAAUCUAAGAUAAUCUAAGUCUAACCUGAACCUAACUAAUCAACACUGGAAUUUCCGUUCAAAUGCAAGGAAACUGUGUUUUUAUCCCAUAUUGCAUAAAGGACUUAGAAUGCAGUUCUUCUUUGUUAAAAAAUAGCGUUGGAUGACCCAAAACUUGUCCUUUUAGUUUUUUUUUUUUUUUAGAUACAAGUGAUUAGCAUUUUCUUUAAUUAGCCUGAUUUUCUAAGGAAACUAUGUUUUUGAGCAGCCCUCUCUGCAUGCAUGUUUGUGUUUGCACGUAUGUGCAUCACAAAAAGAGCAUGAACAAGUGAGAGCCGUUACCUUUGGCACUGUUUGGAGUAAUUUUGAGACCAUGAAUGGUUCAGUCACGCUAGCCACCUUUGCUAUGUACUUUGCUUGCUUACUUAAGAACGACCCAGUCACAGCUGAAAAUCUUGCUAUCCAUAUUCAUCAAAAGAAAUUUUCACUCAGACUGUGCUUCACAUGAUAAGAGAACUAGCACUAUAUUUUAGAAUAUGCUUUUCUUUCUUCUCAACCUUUUUUUCUACUGUACAGUUAAUGAUAGGAGUAAUUUCCCCAUAGCCACUCGUAAGAGGUCUCAGUGACUUGAACUGAAUGUGACAGAUCUUUAUCCCCAAAGCAAAAAAAGCACACAAAUAAAUACAAUUUCCAUCUAAUAUAUUUAUCUACAAUUGGUCAUUUGUAAACAUACAUAUUCUAAAGAUGCCUACCUUUAGUAGGCAGGUACUUUCCAGUGUCACUAGAAAUGCGGGUUGAAGUUCAUUGUAUUCUGGAUAUAUUUCUACCAUCUCUGUCAGUAUGUAAAUUUACCACAGUCAAGCGCGAUGUUUAACUAGAGAGCAUAAAUUAGAGUGCAGACUUGUAGGAUGUAACUGUUUGGCCUGUUUAAAGUAGAUAUAUAUUACUGUGUAAAUGUUUUGCAUAUCAAUAAACUUUGUUUCACUUUGAGACAAUUUAAUGUUGGUUUUUUUGUGGUGGUGUUAGGCCAGUAGAGACCUGACUUACAGAUUCUUUGACAUUUUUAUGGUUUUGACUAUCAAAUUUUAUCACUCUUCUAGACCUGUUGUUCUCUGAAAUACUCCCAUAGGCAACAGAAAACCACCAUUUAAUGUAGGGAAAUAGUCAAGGAAGAAAGCUUUCUGAGAUGAGUGGUAUAUCAGGGGCUAUGAUUUUCCGCAUCUUACUACCUAAAAAUGAAAGGAUCUGAAAACUGGAAUGAAUAAGCUUUGACUUAUGUGCACACUGGUGGUUCUUUAAUUUUUCUUUUGUGGCUUAUAAUGCUUUGUAAAAUAUCUGUACUGUUUUUCAGGAAAAAAAAGAAGAAAAGUUUUUAAUUUUAAAGAUACUUUUAGUAUGAACUUCAUGUUGGUGUUGUUUAUGCCAGAACAUAGUAAGCAAGGCAAACUAACUCCAGCCUUGUGUAAACUUUUAAUUGGCCAACACGAUGCAAUUGAGCAUGAAUCCCAGGAAUCUUUGGAAAUGAAAGAGAACUGAGCUCUCUGGCUGGAAGCUGAACGUGAUGACGGCCUGGUCUAUGGUAGGGAAGCUGAAAAUGGAGAAGAGGCACUCCAGAGAAGACAGAAACGUGGAACAAGAGGCUGGAGAAUGCAGUGCUGAAUCUGAGGAAUGGACGAGCUCAGAAAGUGAACCUGAGCAACCGUACUUCAGAAGCAGCUGUAGUAGUACUCAGUGGAGAGAAAAGGAGGUUUCCACUAAACCACAUCGGCCACUCUGUCGGUCCCCUUGUUUGGAUCGCCCAAGUUUUUCACAGAGCAGUAUCACACAAGACUUGAAGCUAGACGAAUGCAAAACAAAUUUGGACAAGGAAUACCAAGCUAAAAUGGAUUUUGCUUUAAAGCUUGGGUAUGCAGGAGAUCAGAUCCAGGCUGUACUGAAUAAAUUGGGAGCAGAUGCGCUCAUCAAUGAUGUUCUGGCAGAGCUUGUGAGACUUGGCAACAAAAGUGAAUCAGAGGGACAAAGCAGUACCAGCAGUACCGCUAGUACUCUGGUGCCAAGAGGGCCUUGCCCAAAGGAAAUAGCAAGCCCUGAAUUGUCACUUGAAGAUGAAGUUGUGGAUAACAGUGAUAACUUGAGGCCAAUUGUCAUUGAUGGAAGCAAUGUGGCUAUGAGCCAUGGGAACAAAGAGGGAUUUUCCUGUCGGGGAAUUCAACUAGCUGUUGAUUGGUUUCUGGAAAAAGGACACAAAGAUAUCACCGUGUUUGUACCUGCAUGGAGAAAAGAACAGUCUCGACCUGAUGCACCAAUCACAGAUCAAGAAAUCUUACGUAAAUUGGAGAAGGAAAAAAUUCUUGUUUUCACCCCAUCUCGAAGAGUUCAGGGAAGAAGAGUAGUUUGCUAUGAUGAUCGAUUCAUAGUAAAACUUGCUUUUGACUCAGAUGGCAUCAUUGUAUCCAACGACAACUAUCGGGAUCUUCAAAAUGAAAAACCAGAAUGGAAGAAGUUCAUAGAGGAGCGGCUGCUAAUGUAUUCUUUUGUGAAUGACAAAUUUAUGCCCCCUGAUGAUCCUUUAGGACGCCAUGGCCCAAGCCUUGAAAAUUUCUUAAGGAAAAGGCCAGUUAUUCCUGAACAUAAGAAACAACCGUGUCCUUAUGGUAAAAAGUGCACCUAUGGGCACAAAUGUAAAUAUUACCACCCAGAACGGGCAAACCAGCCUCAAAGGUCAGUAGCGGAUGAGCUUCGAAUAAGUGCCAAAUUAUCUGCUGUGAAAACUAUGAGUGAGGGAGCCUUGGCCAAAUGUGGCACAGGGCCAUCCAGCUCCAAAGGAGAAAUCAGUUCUGAAGUGAAACGCAUUGCCCCAAAACGUCAGUCAGAUCCAAGCAUUAGAUCAGUAGCUGUGGAGCCUGAGGAAAAGUUAUCAGUAGCCCGGAAGUCUGAGGCCAGCUCUGUCCCGUCUCUGGUUUCUGCAUUAAGUGUACCAACGCUCCCUCCACCAAAAAGCCAUGCAGCUGGUGCAUUAAAUACUCGUUCUGCAAGCAGCCCGGUGCCAGGUUCCUCACAGUUCAUGCAUCAGAAAUCCUCACUGGAACAUAUGUCCAGUGUGCAAUAUCCUCCUAUACUAGUCACCAAUAGCCAUGGCACCUCAGUUAGCUAUGCUGACCAGUAUCCCAAAUAUGAAUCAUUGGGGGACCAUGGCUAUUAUUCCUUACUCAGUGAUUUCUCCAACUUGAGCAUAAGUAGUAUUCGUAACACAGAUUAUUACGGGGCUGAUAUGGACCAGGGGAUGUAUUCUAGAAACCCAAGCCCCUGUCCUGACAAUUGCUUAAGCCAUACAAGUAAUGAUUCUUAUUCCUCUUACAAUGACUUGUAUCUGGGUGUAGCAGAUGCCAGUCCAGAAGACAAUGUGAAGAUCCACAGACUACCAUCGCAAAAUCGUCUUCAGCCUUUUUCCCAUGGUUACCAUGAAGCCUUAAAUAGAGUUCAGAGUUAUGGAGCUGAAGAGCCUAAGCAAUCCCUUCGCAAACAGUCAGUUUCCCACUUAGGCCUACAUGCCCAGCAUCCAGUUGUUGGAGCACGGUCCAGUUGUCCAGAGUACCCUGUGCCUCAAAAUGUUCAUCCAUCAACUGCACAACCGAGCCGUGCCUUGGUCAUGACAAGAAUGGACAGUAUUUCUGACUCACGGCUUUAUGAAAGUAACCCUACAAGGCAGAGAAGACCUCCCCUCUGCCGAGAGCAGCAUGCUAGCUGGGAUCCGUUACCAUGUGCAUCAGACUCUUACGCUUACCACUCGUACCCACUGAGUAACAACCUCAUGCAGCCGUGUUAUGAGCCUGUAAUGGUAAGAAGCAUGCCUGAGAAGAUGGAGCAGCUCUGGCGGAAUCCCUGGAUUGGGAUAUGUGGCGAGCCACGGGAACCACAUAUCAUCCCAGAACAUCAGUAUCAAACGUACAAGAACCUCUGCAAUAUUUUCCCUCCAAGCAUUGUCCUUUCUGUGAUGGAAAAGAAUCCCCACAUGACAGAUGCGCAACAGCUGGCAGCUAUGAUUGUUGCCAAAUUAAGAACAGGGCGUUAAAGCGUUACAGCCUCUCUUGGACAAAUGAAACUAUACAGCAUAUAGGACCUGGAGGAACACUUAGAUGAAGAAAGGGGCCACUCGGUUGUAAAUAUUUUCUACUAAGAUAGUAGUAUAAAAUGCUGUACACAGUAGCAAUCACACAUAUAUAGAUAUAUAUGCUGAGGCACUAUAUAAGAGUUUAUUGUAUUGCAAACUUUAAGAUUUCAAAUAUAGGGAUUUUUAAUAGUAUUUUAUAGGAAAUGCAUACCUUGCUGCAUGGAUAGCUCAUUAAGAACUACAAUGUCACGUUCAGUGUCUCAAACCUGUUACUACGAAAUUACUGUUAGCAAUUAUAUUGCAUGUAUUAGUGUACACUUUCAAUUUGCUUAUAAAUACCUAAUUGGCCUUUAAAAGAACGCUCUAUACACACCCAGAUGACUUUUAGGGUUUCAGCUUUGUCAUUUGACACUGCCUUCUGGCAUAUAAAUAUUGAAGAAAAAGUAAACUUGACGAAAAAAAUGAAAGUACGCAAUUUGCAAAGGGAAAAAUUGAUCUCAGCUUUUAAAUUUCAAGAUUGUUGUUGGUACUUAAAAUUUCAAAACUGUUCCCUGAGCGUUUGAGUAGCUCUUACAUUGGCCAAUACUUUGGCUCAAUCCAACGGACGCCAAAUACUUUCUUAAAUUAGGACCAAAACAUUAAGGAGUGGUGAAGGCGUGAGUGCCAUUCAGGAAACUAAAAGAAGUUUAACUGUAGCGUCUCUCUUCAGACUCACCUCUCAACUGUGCAUUAAGGAGCUGCUGGCCCAGGUGGCUAGGCAAGCUGAGAGCAAAGUGUUGGUUUUAUGUAAAUUGGAUUACUCAACCUUAAGCAGCGGAAGCUGGAUGUUAACAUGGGAGGUCGUCAGUAACCACAGCCCUUCCUCUGGGGCAAGGUGGUGUCUGAGGGAGCCUGCCAUUCGAGAGGGCCUUACGAGAGCACCGUGAGAACGCGGCGGAAGGUUGCGUCUUGAAAAGAGGUGCUACAGUUUGGGUUUAAGGCAAAGCUGGCCUGGUUUUUGUGCUUCAGGUCCACGCAAAGGUGUGCAUUUGCCUCAUGAAGGCUUUUAGAGUUCCUGUUUCAACAGGUGAGCUAAUUUUGUGUGGCAUUGUUUGCGCAACUGGUACCUUGCUCAGGGUGGGAACCUUUGUAGCUAAAUGUCUCCAAAAGAGGCAUUUAUUGUUUUUUUAAGCUGCAUGGACUGGACGCCCUUUUUUGAAUCCAUUGUAUAUUUCAACAUUUCAAACCAUUACUAACUCGAUAUGUCUCGAGCUAGGACUUGUUGACUUCUACUGUAGUUUUUUUUCAUGAAAGUUGAGAAGGCCUGGUUUAUGGCCUUUUGUUUCUUCAUGAGAAGGUGUGACACUGCCUAAAUGUUUCUUACUGUGAAACACACGGAACGUGAGGCUGCAGUCAGGGUUGUUUCUGGUGUUUUGAUAAUGGCUUGCAUGCUGCUUUCUAGUUAUCUGUUUGUCUGAGGAACAAAGUUAUAUCAUUUCCUCCACUUGUGUUACUGUAAUGGUUGGUUUGAUUCAAAAUAUCUUGUGGCCUCUUUAUCGUGCAAAAUAUGUUCCUGUCAUUAAAAAAAAAAAAAGGAAAAAAAAACCCCAAAACAAACCAGUUACGGGUGCAACUACCAUUAAUUUCCUGAGAUUUGAGAACCAUAUCAUUUCACACAGGAUAAAUAUUCUUGUGUCGGUGCAGGUAACAUAUAUAAUGACCAUGUCAUUAUGUAUUUAAAAUGACAUAUUUAAAAUGAGUUAACGCGAAGGUGAUUCUGUAUUUACACCUAGUGUUUAAAAAUAACUUGUUUUAGUUGGUUAUCAUCUCUGUUAAUAGGAAAAAAAUCUUCAGACAUUUAUAAUAGUUAGGGAAAACAGACUUAACUCUUGAUCAAUUUUCAAAAAUAUUUUUCCUAACCAGCAUUUUAUAUUUUUAAUUUGCAAUUAAUUCUUAUUCUCUUCUCUUGCAUGGUAUAAGCAGCUGAGAGCAAUGCCUCAAAUAACCAGAAAUGACCUUUUGUUUGUUGAUACAAAUUGUAUCUCUUUUUCUUGAUUGUAUAAAAACUGUGUAUAAAAAAAAAAUAAUCUCUAGAUUAACUUCAGUAUUACAUUUUCACCACAAUGUCUGUGACACCAUGUGUCACAGGGAAGUAGCCCAUGAGUAAUUAUGGCUCUUUUUUAUUUAAAAUGGGCACUUGUAGUUUAUAGACAAACAAAGACAACUUUUCAGAACCAGUUUAUUAUGUGCACAGAUACUGUGUGUACACCUCAAAGCAUCACAUAGUUAUCUUUAGUCUAUUUAUUAAGCAGAUACAUUCUUGCACUAAACUUUAUGUAAAAAUGUUGCUGUUGACUCAUCUGCAUGUGUUUAAAAUGUACCAAUGUAAUUCUAUAGACCCUGCUUUAUUCUUAACAGAUUAAUUUAUAAAUUAUUUAGCUAUAAAAUGAAGUUUAUUGUGCACUCACGUUUUCCAUCUUGCAUGGAAUUAAAUAUUUGUAUGUAGAAAAAUGUUUGUUCCCUUUUUCUCCAACUAUAAAGAUAAGCUAUUUUAAGAGAGGUUUAGUAGGUGUUUUUGAUGUUUUCUAACACGGAAAACUGAGCAGAAAUUUCUGCGUUAAGUGUUGGGUGGUUUAUGGAGAUACUAAUUUUUGUAGGAUUUGUCUAGUCCUUUUAAUUUUCACUAACUUGUCUUACUGAUAGAAAAAAUCCUUUUUAAAAAACGGGAAUGCUAUGCCAAUACAAACCCAGCACACAUGUCCCUAAGGCACUUUGAAGGCACACGCUGUUUUUCUAAGCGGCUAUUAGCAUCCAUCGUGCAGAGAGUUACAGAACGGGGAGCGUAGCCUUGUGGAAAUACUUCGCAAAUAUUGUGCCUCUUUAGUCCUCCUUAGAGGUAACAAAACUUUUUAAUGUGAUGUAGUCUUUCCUAAUCAGCUACUUAGUGAGAAUUCAGUCAUCCACAUCUGUGUUCAGCUACGUUUACAAGCCAAUUCAAAACACUGACACAUUCGUUAAUCUUCAGCGCAUAAGCUCAGAUUUCUUCUUACGUGGAAGAGUUGAUCUUACUAACACCUGAUCAUAACUGUCUAUAUUGUAAAUAUAUGACUUUGUAUAAAUGCUCUUUUUGAGAGCAUGGUAUUUAAAUGUUUUUAAAACUGUAAGAGAACAGUUCUAGAAACUAUUUUAAUAAAAAUCCAUGAAAUUACAAUUCUGGAUGAGGGAAAAAAACCAAGUGGGAAGGGAAAAUCCUGGCCUACUGCAAUCAGCAAGCGUUAGGCGGUAGGCUUUAGUGCUUUACUGGGGCCAGAGUGUUCUCAGAGUUCUGAUUUACUGAGCUUUCAUCUCUAGCUAUAUUACUUUCACACAAUUUGUCACUUACUUACUUAUACAAGUGUAUAAUCACAAAUUCAUGAAUCAAAAAUCAACUGCUUUAUGGGAUGCCAGUCUAAGUUAUUUCAUGUGUGUUUGUUGUUUUUUAAGAAUUACAGGUCAGUAAUGUAUUAAACUGUACAUAUAGAUGAUUUCACUACUGUUAGUCCUGUUGUUGUCAUCUUGAGCUGCAGUAGUUGGCUUUAUUCAUUUGUAGAAUUAAACAUUACUGUUUAACUGUUGUAAAAUUUUAUAAAUCUCUUUGGGUUUUUUGGUUGACCCAAAUAUAAUGUAAGUCUUAAUGACAAAAUGAAUGAAAAUGGAUGUUCAACCAGUAUGUGGUAUUUGUAAAUCUCUGUAGUAAUAAGCGUGCACUGCUCUAGUUGCUGCUGCAUGUAAUUCAUCAACUAGCACGAGUCUAUUUAGCUUUUGUAAACAUGCUUUAACUGUAAACUUAGAACAAGCAGAAGGAUCCUCACUGAAAGAACAAACGAAAGCAAACCUCUAUCAAGGUGAGUUCCCUCCCCCCCCCCCCCCCAUACUUCUAAUGCUGGUUUGCUUCAAAUUGUGAAUUUUGGCAUUUUGAAAUUCUUAAUGCUAAAGUCAGAACACGCGAAGAGUCUGUCCAGAUGUUUCCGUUAAAAAAUACUUGGUGACAGGCAGGUAUACCCGAGCUGUAUACCAAACCACAAGCAGCAAUGUUUCAAAGGCUAUAUUUUGACUGUAGUAAUUUUUAAAACUCCAUGGUAAAGAGACUUUACCUGUGAGACUUUGGUCCAUGGAGUUGAAAUAAUCCUUUGUCUUGACGUGCCAAAAUUUUACGUGAAGCAUUAGUACUACAGGACUCAUAGUAGUCGGAUCAUUAGAGCCAUCACUAUUAUGCCUAUGGUGAGGGUUCAGCUUUAUUCCUCCUUUUAUGUACCCAUAGCUUGUCUCUGUGGCAGAGCCCUAACUGUAUUUUUUGCAAUAUUUCAGCUGGAAAAAUACCAGUGCGCCAUUUAAAUUAUUCUCAUGCCAGUGUUUGGUUAGCCUUUGAAAAGUCAUUAUCUAUGAUUUUGGUCUGUGGUAUUUGGAGUUUGUAAAUGGAUUAAAAGAAUUGAGAGAAGAACCUAAAAGAAAUAUAGGCUAUUACCUGUUCCCCCUCCUGCUCUGUGUAAAAGUUUUGCACAAUUAUUUAAUAUUAUGAAACAUGUUAUACUUCAUAUAUAUAAAAAGUUCGCUUAUUUAAUAAAGCUGAAAGCCACUGGA